AACUUUGACCUCCCGCCAGGUGAACACAUGCAGUUUCGAACACAAAAUCUAGCUUCUUCUUCUGCAGCUGUUCAGAAAUCGGAAAUUUCAGGCGGUUGGGGAAUUGUUGAUAGUCGUAGAGUAUGGAGACAGCAAGGAAAAGAAAUAAGGAGCUGAAGGACCAGCUUCUAACGCUGCAGAAGGUGUGUAAGUUCUGUCAGCAGGAGAAAUCAGCCCUCUUGCAGCAGAAGGCAGUACUGCAGCAGUCAGCAAACUCACAGGAACCACUUCAGCCAGACAGUCUGCCACAAGCCACACAGGAAUUAUAUUUCCAUGCCGACAGGUAUGGUCCAGUGUUGGACAGUGUUGGUCAGUUCCGCCUACAGGAGCUAAAGGUGCUGGAACUACAGGAACAACUUCAGCUGGUCCAGAUGGAAGAGGAGAGAGACAAGAUAAAUCACACAUUGUCUCAAGUAAGCAUAAACAGAUCAGAAGCAGAGGACACCGCCCUACCAGCCCUGGAUAGAUGGUACAGGGAGAUGGAAACUGUCAUUGGAGAGGAGUCGACAUUGCAGAGGAAGUCAGAAAGUGAUAAAAAAGGCAUGAGUCUGGCUUUGGACAAGCUGUUUUACAACAUCAGGCUGAAAGGAGGGAAGGGGGAGGGCAGACAGCUUUCAUUCUCUACCAGACAUGGAGGGAUCUGUAUUCACAUCUGUAUCAAUGAACUGUCACAACACACGCAAAGAUCUCUGGACGCAUCAACAGAUACCAUGUACCUCAUACAGUCGGACUUAUACGUCGCCGAUUUACCAGCAGAAGGGAACAGAUACCUGAGGAACGGACUGUCUGUGUCAGACUUUGUGAGAGAGAUUGUGUGGAAACACAUAGAAGAAGACUGUUUAGCCUUGUUCUGAUAUACAUAUAGUGGUCAAUAAAGACAAAGUGCAUCAAAAUGCAUCAGCUGGUUGUGUGUGCACUGAUCUUACACUGUAGUUACACUUUACUUGUGCUACGCUGCAAAUUUUUAUCUUUGAACGAAGAAGGUUGCAUACCAGUUUGAGGUAUAAAACAGUUAAACCUGUAUAGUACAGUUAAACCUAUUCAUGAUGACUACUCAGGGUGUGGAUGAAAUUUUGUCUAUGUUGAUAGGUGGUCAUUAUACAUGGGAUUCUUAACAAUUUUGUCAAUGGGAGACUCAUCUAAGAGACCAUCAAAAGUCAUUCUAAUGAAGUUUUAAACCGGACAUACAUAAUUGCAUAUUACAGUUUUUGCCUCUUUU